AUGGCUUACUACUACGAGCAGCAAGUGGUAGAUUAUCCUAGCUUCAAGCUUGUCAUUGUUGGUGAUGGAGGCACAGGAAAAACCACUUUUGCCAAAAGACAUCUUACCGGAGAAUUUGAAAAAAGUUAUCAACCUACUUCUGGUGUAGAGGUUCAUCCUUUAGAUUUCUUCACAAACCAUGGCAAGAUCUGUUUUAACUGCUGGGUAAGAGAAACUUGGUGCAUCAAUGGUCAAUGUGCGAUAAUUAUGUUUGAUGUCACAGCACGGAUCACAUACAAGAACGUACAGACAUGGUACCAUGAUCUCUGCAGGGUUGGUGAAAACAUACCGAUUGUUCUGUGUGGGAACAAAGUUGAUGUGAAGAAUAGACAAGUGAAGACGAAGCAGAUCACAUUCCAUAGGAAGAAGAAUUUGCAGUACUAUGAUAUAUCUGCAAAGAGCAAUUACAAUUUUGAGAAGCCAUUCUUGUAUUUUGCUAGAAGACUUGCUGGAGACGCAAACCUUCACUUUGUGGAGUCACCAGCUCUUGCUCCACCUGAAGUGCACAUUGACAUUGCUAAUCAGCAUAGGAAUGAGGCUGAGCUAGUAGAGGCAGCAAAUCAGCCACUUCCCGAUGAUGAUGCUUUUUGA